AUGGUCUUCGAGUCGCUGGUCGUGGACGUUCUGAACCGGUUCCUGGGCGACUACGUGGUGAACCUGGACAGCUCCCAGCUCAGCCUGGGCAUCUGGGGAGGAGCUGUAGCACUUAAGAAUCUUGAAAUAAAGGAAAAUGCACUGAGUCAGCUGGAUGUACCAUUUAAAGUAAAAGCAGGGCAUAUUGGUCAACUUAAUCUACAAAUCCCAUGGAAAUACCUUUAUACUCAACCAGUUGAGGCUGUUCUGGAUGGAGUUUAUUUGCUUAUAGUGCCUACAGCCAGCAUAAAAUAUGAUGCUGAAAAGGAAGACAGACAGCUCCUAGAAGCAAAGCAAAGGGAACUACAAAGAAUAGAGGAUGCAAAACAGAAAAUAGCUGACCAGGAUAAAGGAAAAGAAGAGAAACAAGACACUUUUGUAGAAAAAUUAGUCACGCAGGUCAUCAAAAAUCUUCAGGUGAAAAUUUCCAACAUUCAUGUUCGAUAUGAAGACGAUAUCACAAAUCGAGGUAAUCCCCUGUCAUUUGGGGUCUCACUUCAGAAUCUCAGUUUGCAGACCUCAGAUCAAAAUUGGAAUCCAUGUUUACAUGAUGAAGCUACCAAGUUGUUCUAUAAGCUCGUACGUCUGGAUAACCUUUUUGCUUACUGGAAUGUGAAGUCUGUGAUGUUCUACCAUGGAGGUUACGAUGAAUCUUUGAAUAAUUUAAAGCAUGGAGUUGCCUGCCGCAAUGUGAUUCCAGAAGGUUAUGAUUUUGUAUUCCGUCCAAUUUCCGCUAAAGCCAAACUCCGUAUGAAUCCUCGAUCGGAUUUUGACUUUUCUUCACCAAAAAUGGACUUAGAUGUAAAUUUACAGGAUAUAGCCGUUGAGUUCAAUAAACCACAGUACUUCAGUAUUAUGGAGCUCCUUGAGUCUAUUGAUAUGAUGACCCGAAAUCUGCCAUACCGGAAGUACAGACCCGAUGUUGUUUUGCACAACAAUGCCAAGAUGUGGUGGAAAUACAUUAUUAAAGGUAUUCUGGAAGUAAAUGUUCAACCCAAGCUUAAUAUGUGGUCCUGGGAACACAUUCGACACCAUAGAAAACAAGUGAAGAGCUACAAAGAGAUGUAUAAAAUGAAGAUAACAUCAAAGAAACCUAGUGAAGAGAUUGUAAAAUUGUUAGAGGAAUUUGAAAAGACCCUGGAUAUAUUUAACAUCACGCUAGCAAGACAACAGGCAGAAGUUGAGGUAACUAAAGCUGGAUUAAAGAUUUACAGACCUGGGGUAAAACAAGAUGAUGAAAAUUCUGGUGGUUGGUUCAGUUGGAUAUGGGGUUGGUCAGGAGAAAAAAACGAUGAGAAGAAACAAGAAAUAAAGGGUGCAAGUCUUGAAGAAUUGAUGACACUGGAAGAGAAGGCUAAACUCUAUGCAGCAAUUGGGUAUAGUGAAACAGCUGUUGAUCCAACGUUGCCAAAAACAUAUGAAGCCAUGAAGCUUUCUGUAAAGCUGUUAAGCAUGUCCAUAUCAAUAAGGGAAAACAAGGAGAAACCUGAGCUGAUCAAAUUUGCAAUAAUUGACUUGAGCACAAUGUUAACGCAACGACCAGGUGCGCAAGCAAUAAGGUUUGAAACAAAAAUAAGCACAUUUGAAGUUACAGGCAUGUCUCAAGAAAAAUUCAUACCCUGUCUGCUAUCUUCUCGAACAGUCCAUUCGGAAAACAAUACAUCACUUUUGAGCAUAAUGUUUGAGACCAAUCCUUUAGAUGAGAAAGCUGAUCAGAAGCUUAGAAUUGAAUCACAACCAUUGGAAAUAAUAUAUGAUGCAAGGACUGUGAAUAGUUUAGUGGAUUUCUUCAGGCCUCCAAAAGAUGUACAUUUAGAGCAACUGACCUCAGCAACUUUGAUGAAGCUUGAAGAAUUUCGUGAGAAGACAUCGACAGGAUUAUUAUAUGUUAUUGAAACACAGAAAGUUCUCAAUCUAAAAAUUAAUUUAAUGGCUUCAUACGUCCUUGUUCCACAAAAUGGAUUUUAUGAAUCUACGUCAAAUUUACUACUUCUGGAUCUUGGUAACCUACAGAUGACGAGUAAAAGUCGUUCUGACGUGUCAGAACUCAAAGUAGGACAAAGCACCAUUGAAGAUAUCAUGUCAAGAGCUUAUGAUAGCUUUGAUAUUCAGCUCAGCAGUAUACAGCUACUUUACUGCAAACAUCAUGAAAAUUGGAAGGAGGCUCGUAAGCUAAAAUAUUCAUCACAACAUAUCUUGCGGCCUAUGGAUGUGAAAGUGGAAUUUAGCAGGGCAAUGGUUGUCACUGAUGCAAGAAUGCCUAAAUUCAAAAUUUUUGGACAACUGCCUUUGCUCUCUGUUCAAAUCUCUGACCAAAAGCUGAUGGGUAUCUUGGAGCUAAUUGACAGCAUUCCUAAACCAGAAAGUGGUGAUGCUACCAUGUCUGCUCCCAAGCCAACUCAGAUUGCACUAACUCCUCUGCUUCCAACACCACAAGUUUCACAAAACGUACUUCCUUUUUUGGAACUUCAUUCAUUAACUGAGUCAGAAUCAGAAGAAGAAUUUUAUGAUGCCCCCACCAGUCCUGUGGAGGAGAUGCCAUUUUUUGAAGCAUCUUCUGGCUCUCUGUCCAGAGUUAACAGUGUCAGAAGAAAAAGAUUACAGAAGCAAGAAUCUUUGAAAAAUAUGACAGAAUUCCAGCUAAGAUUUGAAAUACCUGAGGUCUUAAUUCAGUUGUGUCGUCUUGCUGAUGGUACUGAAAAGCCUGUGCUGCAGCUAGAAAUUGUAGGAUUAGGCACUGAACUUAAACUCAGAACAUUUGAUAUGGCUGCAAAUGCUUUUCUUAGAGAAGUCUGUUUACUGUGUCCAGAGUAUAUGGAUGAUAAAGACAAACCUGUUUACAUCAUUACAACUUUGGAUAAUACAGAGGAUGAUCUUCUUACCCUGGAAUAUGUAAAGGCUGAUAUUAAUGGACCAGAGUUGAAAACUGCUUACAAGAAUGUUCUGCAGCUGUUAAAGGUGAAUUUCUCAUCUCUAGAUGUUCAUUUGCAUAAUGAAGCACUUCUGAAUGCCAUGAAUUACCUAAAUAAUCUUCUACCAAAACAAGAGACUAAAAUAACAGAAGAGAUAGUCCAGGAAAAAGAAGAGAAAAAGGAUGUUCUUAAGAAAUUAACAUCAAAAAAAUCCAAGUAUGAGGAUGUCAUAGACCUUCAUGUCUGUGCAGAUUUAUCCUGUUUGCGGGUUUUUAUUAGAGAACAAAAACGCAGAAUAUCUGAAAUUCACGUAGAAGGUCUUGAUUGCCAAGUGAUCAUGAGGAAAGCAGCAACUGAAGUGUUUGCAAAAUUAAAGAACAUAGUUAUUAUGGAUUCUGAUGAGAUGGCAUGGUAUAAAAAGGCUCUUUAUAUCACAGGAAAAGAAGUUUUCAGUUUUAAAAUGGUGUCGUACAUGGAUGCUACAGAUGGUGCUGCCUAUACAAAUAUGAAUAUUGUGGACAGCCAGGUUUAUUUAACUGUUGGUUGCAUUCAAGUAGUUUUUGUCAACAAGUUUGUUUCAACUAUUUUGGCUUUUAUAAAUAACUUCCAAGCUGCUAAGGAAGCUAUUACUGAAGCAACUGUUCAAGCAGCAGAGAAAGCAGCUACAGGUGUAAAAGAAUUGGCACAACGGAGUUCCCGAAUGGCACUGGAUAUUAAUAUUAAAGCACCUGUAAUCAUAGUACCACAGUCAGCAGACUCUACUAAUGUCCUUGUUGCUGAUUUCGGUCUAAUUACCGUAAAGAAUCAGUUCUCUGUUAAAACAAAGGCACAGUGUAGCCUUCCACCUGUUAUUGACUCUAUGACAGUGAAGCUGAGUGAACUAAAACUAUACAGAACACAUUUUGAGAGAGGUUCAUUACAAAGUGAAAUACAGCUGCUGCAGCCACUAAAUUUGGAAGUUAUUGUUGAACGUAAUUUAGCUGCUGCCUGGUAUAGUGAAGUGCCUGAUAUUAAAAUACUUGGACGACUUAAGCCUAUGAAUCUCAUUCUCAGUCAGGAAGACUUAACCACUAUAUUGAGGACAUUGAAUGAAAAUUUAGGCGACAGUUCUGGUGCUCCACCUCCUUUACCAGAACCUAAAGAUACAAGUAGCACGUGCAGCGAUGCCCUCAGUACUUCCCAGCGUUCUGCAGGAAUAACUAUGGUAACAACUGCUGUGGUGGAAUUGCGUUCACCUGUUAAAGUUAAAACAACUCUAAAACUGGACUUUCUAUUCGACUCUCUCACUUUGGUAUUGUAUAGUCCAAAUUCUAAACAGGUUUCUGCUUUGGAUCAGAGAGAUGAUCUUUUGAAACUUGCAGAGUUUAAAUUGGUCUUGAUAUCAGCUGCUGUCAGAAUGUUAUCAGAUGGUUCAAUGAAUGCUUCAGUCAAGUUAGCAAAUUGCACAUUAGAUGAUAAACGACUGACAGUCCAGAAGACAACUCCAAGAAUGGUGGAAAUGAAACAUGGAUCUGAAAAGAAGGACAUGGUGGAUAUAAGCUACAAGCAGGGGAGAGAUGGCACUGUCCUGGAAGCAAAUGUUCAAGACAUAUAUCUCUGUGCAAGCAUGGAAUUUCUACUUACUGUUGCAGAUAUAUUCUUAAAGGCUAGUGCAGAAAGUGCUGCUGCACAGAGGAAUAUCAAGCAAACUUUAGCUGUAAAGGAGCAAGCACCUAUGCAACCGGUUUCUUCAAUGGAAAUGAACAUUACUGUUAAAAAUCCAGAGAUCGUGUUUGUGGCUGAUUUAACAAGAAGUGAUGCUCCUGCAUUGGUGGUUACGACGCAGUGUGAGAUCAUUAUUAAGAACAGCCCUCAAAUGUAUAAAAUGACAGCUGCUGUUAAAGAUAUACAAAUGAAAGCCUGCCCCUUUCUUGCAGAAAAGAGAAAAGGGAACAUCACUACAGUAUUGCAGCCUUGUGAUUUCUUCUUCACAAUGGUGCAGUCAGGUACUAAUCCACAAAUGGCUGACCUAUCAAUUAAAUCCUUAACAUUAAAGGUUUCACCCAUUAUCAUAAAUACAGUGAUUACUAUUACAUCGGCACUUUCUCCAACUACAGAGACUUCAGAAGAAGAGAUCAGUCCAAUUCCUCCAGACCUAUGGGAUAAGAAAGAUAUAAAAAAAUUAAAAAUGUGGUUUCUUGAAAAGUCAAAUGAAAAUGAAAAUAAAAAUACAGCAGCUGAGUUGGUUCUCACAGGGGAGACAUUAAAUAUGAGAAUUGAAUCAGUCAUUGUAACUCUUGAAGCUGGAGUUGGUCACAGAACGGUACCUAUGCUUUUAGCAAAGUCGUCGUUUUCCGGAGAAGUCAAAAAUUGGAGUACGCUCAUCAACCUCCAUUCCCAGCUUGAACUGGAGGUGCAUUAUUAUAAUGAGAUGUUUGGUGUGUGGGAACCUUUGCUUGAACCACUAGAAAUUGAAAAGAGCGAUGAAUUCAAACCAUGGACUCUUGGAAUCAAGAUGAAAAAGAAGGCUAAAGAAGCAUUAGAAUCAGAUGCUGAAGAAGAACACUACAAGGUGCCAGAAUAUAAAACAGUAAUAAACAUCUCCUCGAAAGACCAGCUGAACAUUACACUAUCUAAAUGUGGACUACAAAUGUUGAGUAACCUGGGCAUGGCAUUUGCUGAAGCAGCUAGCAAAACUUCAGACAUCUUCAAAAAAGAUCAAGCACCAUUUGUAAUAAUGAAUUCCUUAGGACUUCCCAUCACUGUCUCACCCAGUGAUUCCUUUAAAGUCCUUAAUGUUGAGUCUGGAGCAAAAACAUUUCAUUUAAAAGAUGGGGAAAGUUUAAAUAUGGAGUUUCUCAGAACUAAAAGUGAGAGUGACCAGUUCACAGCAAUGACCACCCUAAGCAGCAAAAUGUUUUACAUUCAACUCAGGCCUCAUAAACACUCCACUGCUGACAAGAUUCCGUUGACAAAAGUUGGUCGAUGUCUUUAUAGAGUAAGACAUGAGGAGUCGGGUGUUGAAAGAUCCAUUGUUUGUCAAAUUGAUACGGUCGAAGGGAGUAAGAUGAUAACUGUACGUUCUCCUGUACAGAUAAGGAAUCACUUUUCAAUUCCUCUGAGUCUUUUUGAAGAUGGAAUAUGUCUAGGAACUGCUUCACCAAUAAAUGAAUUUAACAUACCAUUGACCUCUUACAGAUCACUACUUUGUUUGCAACCAGUAACUGAUGAAAAUGGAAUUGGUGGAGAAUAUGAAAUGUGUGAAGGAAUUAGCUUUGAUGAAAUUAUGAAAAAUUUUGGCAACUUAAUACAGAGGAAAUGCCAGUCUGUGAAAUCAACUAAUCAUUCACUUAUCAUUAAUGUUGUGCCAGUAAAAGAUACCUUGACAUCUUCAGUAUGUGCAGAUGAUCGAUGGGAUUUACCAUAUGUUAUUCAUUUAUGGCCCUCUGUCCUUCUCCGCAAUCUUCUUCCUUAUCCAAUUGCUUAUUCUCUAGAGGGAAAUGAUAACAAAUGGGACACUCUAGAGGAUGGAUGUUCAACUCAGAUUCAUAAUGCAGUAUUGGAUCAAACCAAGCUGGAAUUGCAGUUACUUAAUUAUCUUGAUCAAAAUUGGAAAAGCGAGUACCGUAUAAGAACUAAUCAGCAGGAAAUUGGCUUCAUCACAUUCUCUUGUAUCACUGAAGUGGAUAAGACUGAACUAGAUAUUGCUGUUCAUGUGACCUAUGCAACUGGACAAAUGAUCAUAGCAAUUCACAGUCCAUAUUGGAUGGUAAACAAAACUGGCCGAAUGCUACAAUACAAAGCCGAUGGCAUUCACCGCAAGCAUCCUCCUGACUACAAAAAGCCACUUCUUUUUUCCUUCCAGCCUAAAAAUUUCUUCCAAAAUAACAAGGUGCAGCUUAUGGUGACUGACAGUGAACUGUCUGAUCAGUUUUCUCUUGAUACUGUUGGUAGUCAUGGUUCUGUUAAAUGUAAGAGUCACAAAAAGGAGUACCAUGUUGGUGUCACCAUAGAUAACAGCAGUUUUAACAUUACAAGAAUCGUAACUUUUACCCCCUUUUUUAUGGUCGCAAACAGAAGCAAAUAUACUUUAGAAGUAGCUGAAGAAGGCAAGGAAAAAUGGAUUCCUAUCACUUUUCAGCAGUGCAUUCCCUUUUGGCCUGAAAAUGAUUCAAAUAAACUGCUGAUUAGAGUUGAAAACUCCAACAUUCCCCCCAAGAUGAUCUGUUUUAAUAAGCAAGAAAACUGUACAUUGCUGUAUUUGGACAAUAAGCUUGGUGGCAUUAUAGUGGAUGUUAACCUGACCGAACAUUCUACAGUAAUUACUUUAUCAGAUUACCAUGACGGUGCAGCUCCAUUCCUGUUAAUUAACCAUACCAAGGAAGAGAUGAUUGAGUAUGGGCAGAGUUCUCUCAAUGUGAUGGAAGACUGUCUUAUGCCAAAUAAAGCAGUAUUGUACACCUGGGCUGAUCCGGUAGGCUCUAGAAAGUUGAAAUGGAAAUGUGGAAAGUGCAAUGGGGAAGUAACACAAAAAGAUGACAUGAUGGACUCUCUCAUCCUGGAUCAUAAAAAGAGAGUUUAUUUAGUUUCAUUUUUUGAAGGCUUGCAACGUAUUAUCCUAUUCACUGAAGAUGAGUGUGUAUUUAAAGCAACAUAUGAAAGUGAAAAAGUAGAACUAGCAGAACAAGAAAUUAUUCUAUCAUUACAAGAUGUUGGAAUUUCUUUAGUUAACAAUUAUACAAAGCAAGAAGUGUCCUACAUUGGAAUUACAAGUUCUGAUGUAGUUUGGGAGACAAAACCCAAGAAGAAAUCAAGGUGGAAGCCAAUGAGCAUUAAGCAAACUGAAAAGUUAGAGAGAGAAUUUAAAGAAUACAGUGAGCUAUCCCCUUCAGAAAACAAGAUUGUUGAGCUGGAAACAAAUGUUAUGGUUUGUUUAACUCCUAAUGGUGGAAACAUGAAAAUCCAGCAACCAAGUGAAAUUCCUGUAAGAAGAAACUAUUUGCCAGCUUUAAAUGUAGAAUAUAGUACAUCUGCGCAUCAAAAGUCCUUCAGAGUCCAAGUUUACUGGAUACAGAUACAAAACCAGAUUCCCGGAGCCAUAUUUCCUUUUGUGUUUUAUCCUAUUAAACCUCCAAAGUCCAUCACCCUGGAUUCAGCACCAAAGCCGUUUAUUGAUGUGAGUAUUGUCAUGCGGACUGCAGGGCAUUCUCAAAUAUCACGUAUUAAGUACUUUAAGGUGCUGAUUCAGGAAAUGGAUCUCAAAUUAGAUCUUGGAUUCCUGUAUGCAUUGGCUGAACUCUUUACACAGGCUGAGGUGCCCAAAGACCAAGAGGUUGAACUUUUCAAAAAGGAUAUAGAAUCUGUCCAAAAAGAAUUGAUGAGUAUGUCAUCAACAGAUACAUCACAAAUCAGCUUGUAUGAAUAUUUUCAUAUCUCUCCAAUCAAGUUACAUUUAAGUUUCUCACUGAGCACGGGUGGAGAAGAUAGCAACAAAGAAGAAAGACAGCAUGAACUGAUUCCAGUUCAGUCCGUGAACCUUCUGCUGAAGAGUAUUGGUGCUACACUCACAGAUGUACAAGAUGUUGUCUUCAAGUUGGCUUUCUUCGAACUCCGCUAUCACUUCUGUACGACACAGCAACUACAAUCAGCAGUUAUUACGCAUUAUUCAAAACAGGCCAUUAAACAAAUGUAUGUUCUUAUUCUUGGCCUUGAUGUUUUGGGCAAUCCAUUUGGAUUCAUAAGAGACUUGUCUGAAGGAGUGGAAGCAUUCUUCUAUGAACCUUACCAGGGAGCCAUCCAGGGUCCUGAAGAAUUUGUAGAGGGAAUGGCACUCGGUCUUAAAGCACUAGUAGGGGGAGCUGUAGGUGGAUUAGCUGGUGCUGCAUCAAGAAUCACUAGUGCUAUGGCUAAAGGAGUAGCAGCAAUAACUAUGGAUGAAGACUACCAGCAGAAGAGAAGGGAAACCAUGAAUAAACAACCAACUGGUCUUAGAGAGGGCAUCACUCGUGGAGGGAAAGGCCUAGUGUCUGGUUUUGUUAGUGGCAUAACAGGAAUAGUGACAAAACCAAUAAGAGGAGCCCAAAAAGAAGGAGCAGCCGGUUUCUUCAAAGGUGUUGGGAAAGGUUUAGUGGGAGCAGUAGCCAGGCCCACUGGAGGAAUCAUAGACAUGGCAAGCAGCACAUUUCAGGGUAUUAAAAGAGCUACAGAUUCAUCUGAUGAUGUGACGAGUCUGCGCCCACCUCGUUUCUUUUGUGAGGAUGGAGUUAUUAGACCUUACAGGUUAAGGGAUGGGACCGGAAGUCAGAUGUUACAGAAUCUGAAUUUUAAAAAUAUUCACACCUGGGAAAUGACAAAAUCAAUAGCUGCUAGUUGAAUACAAAUUGGAGACGGCAGAUAGGAUGUUCUAAUAUAUAUAUGAAAGCCUUCUAUUAGAGAUUUCCCUUCAAUACCCUAGCAGUGUGCUGGAAUUCCUGAGAUCCAGAGAUGAAUUUGAGAAAAAGUAGGUCACCUUGUACAAGAUGGAUGGGAAGUUACAUAGCCAAACAUUUUCAAAAGUAUUUGUUACCUGAGUAGGGUUUUUGUUUCACUUAGAACAUAUUUUGAGAUGCUGCAUGGUGCGUCAUUUAUAUGAAAUUAGGGUCUGUCUGUUUCUGUGUAUUCUGCUGUAUUUUCUCUACUGCCUCCUACUAAAGGGUGCUUUUCUGAAUCAAAGUAUUCUAAAAUUGAAAUUGCUAAACUGAGUUAAUAUUAUAUCUUACUAUGGAGUUCCUCUUCAACAUUCUUUGAAGAUCCUGUAACACUAAGGGCUAUAAUCUUGCUUUUUUCUCUCAUGAUGCAGUUUAUAUUUCCUGUGCUAUUAUCUUGCAAAAUACGUACUAACAAACAGCACGGCCUUAACUGGCAAACCAUUAAAAACUGCUACUGAUAAACAGCACAAAAAGGCCUAGUCACUAUACUUCCUCUUUCUGAUAAGACAGUAGGGUUCUUGAUGUAUUUCCCCUUUGAUAUUUCAUGCCAUGCUAGUGAAGCAGAAUGCUAACAAGACUAAGUCCAACUCCUUGAAUACAAAUUAUAUAAUUAUUUUGCAUUGUUUAUGCUCUACCUUAAUUUUGCAAGUGUUUGGAUUAGAUGAUAACGUUCAUUUGUGAGCAAAUUAGUAGUUUUGAGAGGACCCUGAAGGCGCUGUCUGAUAGAUUGAUUCAAGAUGUGUAAUUCUACUUUUUGUGCUGUCUAGAUGAGUACAAUCCCAUCACAAUUUUUCAAAUGGAAAAAAGAUAGAGGGGAAAAAAAUCUUCUAUUUCUCUAAUAGUUCUGUUUUUUAAAUUAAAUAAUAAGAUAAAAUGAGGAGUGUAUUUAGAUUAUCAUCCUAUACCUUGGAGAAUAUUCUGAUGCCCAUCGCAUUCAAGUGACUUUAAUCUUCAGAGAAAUGCAAUAGUCACCUUAAGCAUGUUCCUUUUAUGAAAUAGGAUUUACACAUUAAAGCUCUAAUCUUGCAAUAAGAUAUAUGGAGGCAGAUCCCUAUGCUUACGCAGAGCCCUACUGAAAUCAUUAGGUCUUUGUGCAAGUGCAGUAUUCUUCCUGUGGGCAACAAGUUUCAGGAUUAGGGUUUAAUAAAUCUUUGGUGAUUCAUUUGCUGAUUAUUAUAGACAGGUGUAUGACUCCAUUAACAGGGGAUUGGAACACUUCUAUUGUAUCCUGAAUUCAGAAGCCAUUUCAGAAUUUGUCUGCUUUUUAAAAACUAACUAACUUGCCAGCAUAAACUAACACUUCUGCUUUUUUUCUUCCCUUAUCAUGCUUGCAGAAAAGACAGGCCUACAGGGAAUGGACUAAGAAUCACAAUAGUAGUGAUGAUGAUGAUGAUGAUGAUAAUGACAGUUAGGAAAAUAUGCACCAUUACAAAUGCAUGAGUUUGUCACAUUAAUUGGACUCUUAGUUUAUACUAUUAAAUGUUGUUGCUGUCAUGACUGCCAUAGAAAGUAACUUUUUUAUUUUAAUUUUUGUCUUUUAAAAGUUGUACAAAAAUAUAGGCAAACAAAAAGAGAUCAUAUUUAAGCAGAGAAAUUAAAAUAUAUUAAAUAUAUUUAUGUACUAAGUUGACAGGAGCUAAUGUUAUACUCGGAUUUAAUGAUAUUGUUGCAGGCAAAUUUCCAUAAAUUAUAAUUAAUCUGUUUUUUCCAUUUUCCUCAGAGUUUUGUUUAAUAUUUUUUUAAUUUUAAAUCAUCAUUUGUUAGCUAAGAUGCCUUUAUAAUAUACAUGCAUUCAGUGUAAUCUUUUUGAGCUGUACUGUGCUUAU